CUCCUGCGUUAGCAGCAUUAAUAGCAUCAGUAUGAACAGAAUCAGGACCGCGCUGUAUUUCUCUCUGUGUAUCUCAGUGCUCAGUGUGAUGUGUCAGCCUCACACUGCACUGGAUAACCGACUGGCAGGGUCUGAGGAACAGCUGCUCACCACACAUCUGGCUGAAGCGAUCGAAGAUCUUUUAAAUGACGAGGACAAUCGGUUAUCACCAGAGAAAAGAGCCAGUAUCAUUCCGCGGUGUGAUGUGGGUGAGCGAUGUGCCCUGAAACAUGGGCCACGCAUUGGCCGGCUGUGUGAUUGUAUGAGAGGGAGUGCCUGCAACACCUUCUUCCUGCGAUGCUACUAACCCACCAUCUGGAACUACAAUAACAAUAAGGCACUGCCCCACUAGCUCAGCUGGGAUCAUGGUCAACAAUACGUCUGUAAAUAGAUUGUACAUACGUGUAAACGUACACUGUCAUCAUGAAAUUGCUGUUUUGCUUGUUAACUUGUUACCUGUUAGGACACCAGUUUAAACUGAAUCAUUUUUGUGAAAUAAAAUAUAUUUAAAUGUC